CUUCAGUCCGAGUCCUCAUCACAGAGUCCGGAGGCUUUCAGCGGAGAGACGAGUUUUAACAAAGCAGCGAAGAACGCGAGCGGACACAAGGACGAAGAAAUUAGCUGAAUUACAUAUUUUUUUUUACACCUAAUUUAAAGGGUUUUUUUCCCUCCCCAUCACUAUCUCCAUAUUUUCCCUCAACUGUCGCUCGUUUGUGGAAGUUAAGAUGAGGAAUCUGUGCUUGUUGUUCCUCGUCGGACUGGCGACUGGGUCCAUCAGUGGAAAACUCUUCGUCCUCUCACAGUCAUCCUUUUCCACGGCGGAUGACCUGUACAUAGAAGGCCGAACAUCAGGCGACCUCCCCAUAGAUGAUGAAGACGGUGAAGAUGACGGGUCAGGGUCCGGAUCUGGAGAUUAUCCUUUCAGCGACAUCGGGGACAAAGAGGAGCUGCUCAAGCGCUUCCUCAACUUCUCCACGACCUCAUUCACCAAAGAAAUCCUGCCACUUCAGCCACAGCCAACAGACUCUGCUUACAACCCACCGACCGCAGCAGCAGACAACCAGGAUCCAACAACCACCGUGAAGGACGCUGAGACGACACCAUUCAUUCUCCCUGAUGGCGACAGCAGGGAUAAGGAGGUGCCAGGCAUCGCCCCAACAGCCGACGGGUUCACGCAGGGCACCGGUCCCACCGCCACGCCUCCCAGCGAAACCACCGCGGCUGAGUUCAGCACGGACAUGACUACAACCGAAGACGCAGAGGAGGACAACAGCCUGGAUAGGUGGGAAGUUUCCACAAUCGAAUAUGAGAGCGUAGACAGAGCGAUCGAAAACGACAUUUAUGCCGUCGGUGGUCGAGGCAGCAGGAGAAACGGAGUGGGCUCUCCCGAGGAAGUGACCUCCGAGAACUUGUGGGAGAGGACGGAGGUGCUGGCAGCUGUGAUAGCGUGCGGCGUGGUUGGAUUCCUCUGUGCCGUCUUCCUCCUCCUCCUCCUGGCCUACCGCAUGAAGAAGAAGGACGAAGGAAGCUACGACCUGGGAGACAACAAACUUUCCUCAACAGGCUAUCAAAAAGCACCUACCAAGGAGUUCUAUGCCUGAACUAAACCAAAAGGGACUACCUAGAGAGGAAUCUGUCUCCUGGCAGCCAGGACUGAACAUGGACAACCAUAAACAGCUGAAGAUGAUUCCUCUUAAUGAAGUUUGAAGUCAAACACUUGCUUCUCCUCCGGUGCUCCGUACAGUUUAUUUUCGUCUGCUCGUUAUUCCUACCGUCAGUCUCUGCCAUCCUUCUAUCUUUAGCCUCUGCAUAAUGUUCAGCGUUUGUGAAGAAGGGCUCAUAAGAUAACAAAACAGGUCUAUAAUACAUUCCUGCUAUUCCAUGCAAGGGAAGUACACAAAUACACAUCCUAAAGUUUAAGAAUCUUUACUUUGGAUCACAGCUGCUCUAGUGUUAGAAAGUGGUCAACUUAGAAAUAUUGAUGACACUGUGCCUUUAAACCAAUUUUACUUUUCUGAGCUGAACCCACUGGGCCGGAUUUGGUUCUGUGUUGCAGAGAACCAGCUCAGUUCAGCUCAGCUGCACAAGGAAGACGACAGGAACGUGGAUAUGAAAGCUUUAACGCAUUUUGAAUGCUAUUAAAUGAAACGGUACUACAUAUAGGAUUAGUAUUAAAAAGUCCUUUCCCUUUAUUUGAGGUCAGAUUUGCUUUGCUUGUCCACAGCCGUCUGUGCUGCAUUUCAUUUUCUUGUAUGCUUUCUGUGCUGAUUGUUUUUUUUCAUAUGCUGUCCAGUAUUGGUUUGAGAGAUUUUGUUACUCUGCAGGUACAAAUGUGUGUUGUUUUCUCGCAGAUAUUUGACACUUAUAGAACUGACCAAAUAUAAAUGUGCUUUAUUUGUCUUCUGGAAAAUUAUUUUUUUGUAGCCUUGUUUUUUUGGUGUUUUUAUGUUUAGAGAUUAUAUUUCUGUAAGCCAUUUUUAAAGAGAUUUCUGUCUUUGUUUUCAUAGAACGGUAGGCUUAGUGCUAGUCCCUCAGGCGUGCAUCUUUCGAACAUUUGUAAUAUUUUCAGAACUAUUUUAUUUGGUUACUGAGUGCUGCAAGCAUGCGGGACAGGUAGAGCCAAAGCUAAUGACUAUAAUUCAGAAACCGUAGAAGUGACCAAUGUCUUCUGACGACAGCCAAAGCACAUUCCUUUCUGCCUGUCAGCUGUAUAGAGCUAUAAUGGUGGGUUUGAAGUUAAAGGGACACUGACAGAAUUUGGUGUUUCUUGCAAAACCAGAGCUUAUGCACACAGCAGGGUCAGAGAGUUAAAAAGGCAAUCAGUUACAGAUGUCGUUUUAAUUCUCAACUGUAAUGGGAAAUUUCUUUUUAAUUAGCUCCUCUGCAUGUAAACUUGACAAACUUCAUGCAGCCAGCCAAAGGAACAUACAAUGAGUUAACAGGAGGCAGUAAACAACAACAACAGGGUGGUGUUCCCUUUUGAAAAGCAUAUAUCCCAUUAAAACAUAUAUUUUUGUGAAAAUACUGGGAAUUUGCCUUAUAUAUGGAUUUUUUACCAGCUACCUACUGCCUUUUACGUGUCAAAGAAGAGCGAUUUUCAAACCUGCUUCCUAUUGAAGCAGCAUUACUGUUUUUGAAAAUGUCAGAUUAACAUUUUUUUUUUAAACCAACGUUAGAAGUGAGCUCAGAGGUAAUCUAUGAGUAAACCUGCUCACUAUCCAAAAAAAAAAAAAUGCUUUGCUUUCAGAUAUUUUUUUUUCUGACUUUGAGUUUAAUGUAAAUAAUAAAAAUUUAAAAAAUGUUAAAUCGGUAUAUAUGCAUUUCUUCACCAGACUAUAAUACGUUUUUGUUAGAUUUAAGUCAACAGUUAUUUUCCCUUUGUGUUGCCAAACAUGUAGCCGCUUUUGUCUCUGUAAGCAGUUUGACUCCCUUCACGAGGCAGUGGAACAGAACUCGAGGCUACUUCAUGGUGUUUGCCUCAAUGACUAUUUCCAAUCUAGAUUAUCUGAAUGCAGAUGAGAACUACCUAUUCACUGUGGCUGGAAUAAACAGGAAGAUGUGGCCACUAACUCGCUGUGACUUACUGUUGAUAUUCGUCGAGCACUUGCAAACCUCAGUGCCUCACAGAACCUUGUAUAUACAUUCAUCUGCAGUGCUGUUGCAGUAUUCGUGUCAUGCUUUGACCUUGCAGCUGUACAGACUGGGCUUCACUGCGGUCCAGGAAACACUUGUAUCUGACAUAAACCAGACCAAUAGAGGGCUAAGACAACGGGUUUGCACUUGCUGGCAAUCCAGCAGGUCAUAAAGACACAUUAACCUUUUUCUUUCAGGAUCUUUAAGUUUAUACAGUAUGUUGAUGAUACUAUAAUUUAUAUGUUUUAUUUAUACUUACUACACUAUAGCCUAGGUUAAUAUAUCGGUGAUAAUUUGGAUUGUACAGUAUUUACUCAUGGUUAAAGCCUCUUUGUGCUCUUUUUUUAUAUUUAUGAUUUAGUGUAUUUGACAAGCUUUAGUUCAAUUCAUUUUCAAUUUCAUUGUCUGUUAGCUAGUUGUUUAGAUGCUUUUUCAUAUGAAUGCAUUUAAUAAGUGAUUACACUAGCAUAAGUUCCUUAUAGAUGCAUUGCAGCUUUGUUUUCAUGAAAGUUGAAUAUGAAUUGACUGAGGACUUGAUUUUAACAAGUAAACAACGGCACAACAGAGAGGAUCAACCAGGCAUCAACUUACCAAUAAGACGUAUGCACAAAGAGGCAGCCAAUAGAGAACUGUGUUGCUGAGAUGGUGUAUCUUAUGAGAUUCACUGCUGAAUAAAAGAUGUGGCUUAAAUGCAA